CCGGUAGCCGCUGCAGCGGCUGUUUCCAACGCCAUCCCGAGAGGCUGGUCCAUACGGAGCAGCAAACGAGUGAGCAAGCUCUCCCUCGCAGAAACGGGCUUAAAAAUGGACGCGCCAAGUUGUACUGCCAGACGUGUUGUUGUUUCGCUUAUGCUUAACCAUAGCGAAGCAGAGGGCAUCCGCUAGAUAAAGGGCUAGAAGAAAGGUUUUUUUUUUAAUGAAAUUCAGUGGAAUUAGAUAGUAAAGCUAAGCUUCCUCAAACCGUUCUUACGGUCUUUGUGGUGGUAAACGUAAAUCUCUGGAGUAAUCAGUAUUUCACAGUCUAGGAUUAGAGCUGCUUGAUACAAACGUAAGCAAACACAAUCAGAAGACAUGUGGGUAUCAUUAGCAGUUCUUGUGGUUAUGGUGGACUACUCAAGUUGGGUGGACGCGCAAGCGAGCGUUGUUAUUCAGUACCUAGGUUUGCCGCCGUUCACGGAUGAACUUAUUGUCUAUCCACGGUUUAUCUUGACUCCAGAUGGCCGCCGAUUGCUCCAGGUUACCGACACAUUCAACCUAAAUCUCGAUCCGACCAAUGUGUUUCCUCCCCAGAUUCUCGUCAGAACAUUCGAUCCAUUAGGAAACCCUAUUGACGAGAAUAUGGAUACAGGGGAUCUGUCUGACGGAAUCUACUUCGACCCGAAAAACGGAGCCUCCCUUCAAAUGAACAAACCAAAGAAGCCGGGUGAUCUUACCGAGUUCACCGGUGUGCUAAGUAAUGGAUUGAGAAUUGUACCGGUGACGGGACGUGAUCCUAAAAAUGGAGUAAUGCCCCACCGUGUGUUCCCUUAUAAGGACCGACAGUCUCAUGAGCAUGAUUUUGUUUUCCCCCUCAAUUUAACCGUGUUCUAUCCAUUUACUUCCGGGGGACCGUUCAGAAGUAAUGGUCUACAAACGGCUCCGUACAAAAUUCGACCCGAGGUCAUGAUCGUGUCGGAUACCGCGCACAACGCUAAAUUUAGCUCAAAAACCGAACUCCUUCGUUACAUUGGUACCUUCAUGAACGCCGUAAAUCUACGGUACAAAACCGUCAGUGGCAUGGACAUGCAACUGAAACUGGCUGGUGUCGUAAUCAACAAUGUUGAGCACGAACCUUAUAUGAGGGGUUACGGUGGCCAUGUAAUUGCGGAUCAGACUCUUGCCGGAUUUGCGCAAUACAUCAAUUCUGGAGGUAUCCCCAGCCACUUUGACUUGGCUUAUCUAAUGACUGGCCGUGACAUGGCUGCCAUUGACCCCUUCUACGGCCUACAUCCUGGAGUAGCCGGUUUAGCCUACGUAGGCGGAGCUUGUACCCCGCAACGCACAGGAAUGGGGGAAGAUCUUGCUGGUUCUUAUGACGGUGUUCACGUUGCUGCUCACGAGAUAGCUCAUUUACUUGGAUGUGUCCACGAUGGAGAUCCAGCGCCGUUCUACCUGGCGGGCAGCCCUGGGGCUCGUGAGUGCCCUUGGGACCGCGGAUUCAUUAUGAGCUAUAAGGAUGGUGGAAGCAACCGCUACAAGUUCUCACAAUGCUGUAUCAACUCAAUCAAAUACCUCGUGCGCAGCCCGUCUCAUCAUUGCCUCCGUCAGGAGACCACCCCGCCAGACCCCGUUUCAAAUACGCCAAUCAAACCGGUACCCCCCGUAACCCUUCAGGAAACGCAAAGGCCUGCUACGCUGCCUCAACAGAUUCCGCAACAACAACAACAGCACCUGCAAACGAUUCGUGUAAAUAUCCCAAAGCCCCCCUCGAUCCCGUCUUUUCUACCACCCACUCCGGAGCUUCCCGGUUUGACCAAUGUCAUGCCUUCGCUAGCAUCAACCAGAUCCCCCAGGACGGGUAUCAGUUCGGACCGGAGUCUCCUAUUAAAUAGCAAUCUUCCUGGCGAAAAGGUGACUCCAACAGCGUUCUGCAAACAGAAGUAUCCCCAGGUCCCGAACGUGUGGAGCGACGCAGAUCCUGGUGAUCUGGCGCGCUGUAAAAUUCGUUGUGCCUAUCCUCCUCGACGGGAUGGCCUUUACCUCUAUCAUGUCACGAAUGCCCUCGAUGGAACUUCAUGCGGAUACGGAAGACGCUGUAUCAAUGGCGUUUGCGCUUGACCAAACUUUUCUUCACUUCAUCAGCACAAAAAAUCACGCUCAACAAACGCUUUUUUGUCUGAUAUAACUUGAAAAACGAAAAUGACAUGGAAACUAUGGUUGGGUGGGUCGGAAGCGGGCUCUGUGACCACCCCAGCAAGGUAACAUUGCCAAGUGAGUGCGCGACGCGCGCCUACUCACAUUGCAAAUCAUUUAAUAAGGUUUUAUAAGGCAUGCAAGCACAUAUGCUCGCACCAAAAAGUACAAUAGUACAAGAACCGGUAAUGAACAGAUCUGAGAAACGUGAGAAGCCCAUAGAUACAGUGUGAUCAAGAUUGCUGAAAGAGGCUUCGAAUAUUACGCAGUAUUAUAAGUUCAUUGGUGUGGUAGAUUUAGGUACCUUUUAUACCUAUGUGUUAGCUUAUUUCUAUUUUGUUGAUGUACCACUAAAGUGGUAUUCUACCUAGGUAGAACGUGUUAAUCACAAAAUUGGUAUGGAAAACGGUAUUUUUUAGGUUUUGUAAAGAAAGAAGUUCAGUGUGCUAGACGUUCUGCAAUACUUAUAUAAUGGUUUUGCCCUUUCCGAUGGCUACCUAUUGAAUUUAUUAGUAAAUAUUGCUUUUUAAAAACAAAGUCUUGCAAAGGCCAAUAUCUGUCUUGAAAGUAAGUUCGCGUUUUGUAUGGUUCUCUGUAAAAUAAUUCGUUAAAUAAUAAAAUAAUUUUAUGGGUA